AGAGACAAAGAUGGCGAAUACAAAAUCAUAACUACAAGAAAGGAUUUAGUUGAGCUCGUUGUUUGYCAUCCGUGGAAAAUUCGCUAUCGUUAUAUUACCCAAUACUUCAAGUAAAACACGUAUAUCUCCGUUGUGCUUCAAUAUGUAGUUGGAUCGCUUGAAUUAUUCAGAGAUUUUUGAGGGAAAAUCAUUGAACAAGACGAUAAAGUCAUGGAGAUUCAAGCGAAUGGGCAAAAACUCAAAGGCAGAGAUCCACAUACACCUGUGAGGUUCUUGCCACAGUUGCCUGAGACUCGUGCCAAGCCGGCAUGGCAACAGGCUCCUCCUUCAUUCCAACUGAGUAGCAAGAGGCCAGGUUUCGAUGGUGAAGAUGGCAUUGGUGUCAUCCCUGGAAAGAAACCAAAGCAGCACCUACGCAGCAAAACCUGGGAGGCUAGUAAUGGAAGGACGUCACCUUCCUCUAGUGCAGCACCAGCUGGUAGUAAUAUUAAGAAACAAACAAGUUAUGCACCAAAAAAGGAUAGGGAAGCAUUCCGUAAUGCUCUUGUAAACAUUAUCAUGCAAGAUGAAAGUGCUCCCCUUCCAAGACCAUCUUCAGCUGGAGCAGAACUACCUCCAUUGGAGAGGACAGGUUCUCCCACUGCUGCAGAAAAAGAUAUCCUGCGUUACUAUUACUACAUCCAUCAUGGUAUUGACACAGAGCAUGUUGCCCCAAUGGAGGAUUCUUGGUUAGACCAUGUGCUAAAUCUAGUGCCUCCAGUACUAAAGGAUGGCCUUGAAAUAUGUAUAGAGAAUCUCUCUGAUGAGAUGAAGGAAGAUUACUUGUUGAGUGUCAAGAAAGCCAUAGUUGACUUUGUACUCAAGGACCCAAGGGAGAAAGAUGAUGACAAAAAAGAAGAAGUUUUGGAACACAGAAAAGAAUUGAUGCAGGUUCCUAAGCCUUGGUACAGGUCUUACGUAUCAUCCAAAGUAGCAAUGGAUCAAGAUUUGUUUGUUACUAACCCUACAAUGGCAGCUGUGCUUGACCUUUGGCACAAAACCUACAGAUUUCUGAGGCUGGUUGAUGUCAAGGAUAUUCAACUAAGGCCUGAUGCUCUAGAGUUAGCACUCUUCCAGAAUGUUGUUAUGAGACACAUUGAAAUUGCUAAGGACACACUCUUAAAGAAGUGGUUUCCAGAGGUUCAAAACAUCUAUUACCAAGGCAACAAGCGUAAACAGGUGCCUAGCAACCAGAACGCUAAAAGACUUGAAGCAUUUUUCAAUGCAGCUGCUGUGUUAAUGACCAAUCAGCUGCAAACCCUGGCGUUGGAAUCUAUUGAAGACUAUACUAAACUCUUCUGUCCUCCUGCUUCAUCUGUGAGGGUCUUGGAACACCCAGGGUUCAUAAUGCGCCUCGUUCUUGAAGGAGACACUGUCAAAUUUGAACCGGAUUUUCAAGACUUUGAGGUUGUUCUGCUCAACGUUUAUGAUGUCAUGAUUAAAGCUGUCAUGGUGGUCCCAAGAGUUGAAACCAAGCUUUACUCUGAAUGGUCUGGAAUCAAGAAGACCUUAAAACCAGUAAUAUCAGAGGAAAUCGUCAACGAGGCAAAAGAAAAAGUACGUGAGGUAAUCGUUCGUGAGAUGGCAGGUCCAAAGGAACAUCUCAAGUACUACGAUAAAUACAAGGACCUUAUUUCUAAAAAGGCCRACGCUGAUGUGGAACAGUUCCUUCUCGAAGGUCACAAAUUCAAUCGGUUUGCGAAGGAAGUGGAAAGGUUUGCAAAGCUGGUCGAUGACAUCCAGUACAAUUCUCGAAAGGUGGUUCGAGUUGGGAUGUUUGAACUUCACUGUGACGAGUUGGUCAGAGCCCUGGCCAAACGAGCUGAGGGUUUGCGCACCAAACUGCUACAGAGAAUGGCCAAGGAGCAUCAAGUUUUGAAUAAGAAGCUUUGCGAGGAGUACGAAAAAAUAGCAGAAAAGGCGCUCACUUCUCCUGCCAACACAGAACACCUCAUGGAACUGAAAAACUAUAUAGAACAAGUGGAAAAUGAAACCAUCUUUGACCUGGAAAAAAGACUCAUAGAAACUAAAAACAGGCUGGGAUUUUUGGUUGAUUACGCGUCGUUCUCGCCUGCUGACAUGCGUUUGAAUAACAGUGUCUUCCAGUGGCAUUUCAGAAUGCCUGAAGUAUUCGAGGAACACAAGAAGAUCGUAAAUGCUAAUCGCCUUCAGUAUGAAAACAGUCUCAAGAUGCGUCGUGAACGCUUCGUGGAGGAGCUGGACAGUUACUCCAAACAACUCGAGGAGUUCCAGACAUUUGGUGACAUGUCUGAAGUACCAAAAUACCUGAAAAAGGCACAGGCCUUGAAUCAACGCUUAGAAAGCGCUGCAGACAAGAUUACCACAUUCAAUGUUGAGGAAGAAGCGUUCGGCUGGGACGUGACGUCAUAUCCACAACGCCAACAGCUUAUGAACACUCUUAAUCCUUACUUAAAACUCUACGAAACUACAGUAGAAUUCCAAACCAAAUAUAAAGAAUGGAUGGAAGGACCUUGGGGAAGCAUCGACCCAGACAAAGUAGAAGUUGAAGUAGGAAACUACUGGAGGAGUUUGUACAAACUGGAGAAGCAGUUGAAUGAUGUGCCAUCCUCACAGAAGAUUGCCGUAAGGAUGAAAACCAAAGUGGAAGAAUUCAAAGAAUACAUGCCAUUAGUACAAGUCGUGUUCAACCCUGGAUUGCGUGAUCGUCACUGGGAACAGAUGUCAGAGAUCCUUGGCUUCCCGCUCAAGCCAGAUGAGGACAUGAACCUCGCCAAGAUGACUGAAAUGAACUUAGAGCCGUAUUUGAAGAACUUUGAGACCAUUAGCGAGGCUGCUAGCAAGGAGUUCUCUCUUGAGAAAGCCAUGGAAAAGAUGGUUGGAGAAUGGGAUGCAGUGGAGUUUGUAAUGAUACCUUAUCGUGAAACAGGCACCUGUAUUCUGUCAUCUAUUGAUGACAUACAGACACUACUUGAUGAUCAGAUCGUCAAGACACAGACCAUGCGAGGUUCACCAUUCAUUAAACCAUUUGAGAAUGAAAUCAGAGAGUGGGAAGGCAAGUUAUUGUUGACCCAAGAAAUCAUCGACGAAUGGUUAAAAGUACAGGCCACGUGGUUGUACUUGGAGCCGAUCUUUAGCAGUCCUGAUAUCAUGGCGCAAAUGCCAGAAGAAGGAAGGCGCUUCAGUACCGUGGACAAGUAUUGGAGAGAAAUCAUGAAAGUUGCUGUACUGGACAAACACGUACUUUCUGUUAUUGGAAUUGAGAAGCUACUUGAACGCCUCAAAAAGUCCAACGAGUUAUUAGAACUAAUCUUGAAGGGUCUGAACGAAUACCUCGAGAAGAAACGACUUUAUUUCCCAAGAUUCUUCUUCUUGUCGAACGACGAGUUGCUUGAAAUCUUGUCAGAGACAAAGGAUCCAACCAGAGUUCAACCGCAUCUCAAAAAGUGCUUUGAAGGAAUUGCUAGAUUGACGUUCACCGAUGUUCUCGACAUCACCCACCUCCAGAGUUCUGAAGGAGAAUUCGUGGAACUCAAGGAUGUCAUCUCGACAUCCAAGGCACGUGGCCAGGUAGAAAAAUGGCUCCUGGAACUACAAGAAGAUAUGAUUGCCAGUAUUAGAAAGGUCAUCAUCCAAGCCAAAGAGGCUUAUCCCAAGGAAGAACGAGUCAAAUGGGUGCGCGCAUGGCCUGGCCAGACGGUCCUAUGCGUUACCCAGUUAUACUGGACUGAAGAAGUUCACCAGUCUAUCAGAGGUGGACAGCAGAAAAUCGAGGCAUACCUUGAGCAAAACAACAACCAAAUCGAUCAUAUUGUAGAACUGGUGCGAGGUAAAUUGUCCAAGCAAAAUCGUGCAACUCUUGGUGCGUUAGUCGUACUGGACGUCCAUGCAAGAGAUGUGUUGUCAAAGCUUUGUGACAUGGGAAUCACGUCUGAAGAUGACUUCGAAUGGCUCGCACAACUGCGCUAUUACUGGGAGGAAGAACACCUUAUUACAAGGAUGAUCAGUGCUCAGUUGGCUUACGGGUAUGAGUACCUCGGUAACUCUGGAAGGUUGGUCAUCACCCCCCUGACAGACAGAUGUUACAGGACUUUAUUCGGUGCACUUCAGCUUCAUCUUGGGGGUGCCCCUGAGGGUCCUGCAGGGACCGGUAAGACAGAGACAACCAAGGACUUGGCUAAAGCUGUUGCUAAGCAAUGUGUGGUGUUCAACUGCUCCGAUGGCCUUGAUUACAUCGCUCUUGGAAAGUUCUUCAAGGGUUUGGCUUCUUGCGGUGCUUGGUCAUGUUUUGAUGAGUUCAAUCGUAUUGACCUUGAGGUCUUGUCUGUCGUCGCUCAGCAAAUUCUCACCAUUCAAAUGGGUAUCAAAUCAGGAGGAGAUACACUUCUUUUCGAAGGAACAGAGAUCAAACUAGAUCCCAGUUGUGCUGUGUUUAUCACCAUGAAUCCUGGAUAUGCAGGUCGAUCAGAAUUACCUGACAACCUUAAGGCAUUAUUCAGAACUGUAGCUAUGAUGGUUCCAGAUUACGCCUUGAUCGCGGAAAUCUCGCUCUAUUCCUUUGGAUUCGUUAACGCACGACCGUUGGCCGUCAAGAUUGUUACUACAUACACGUUAUGUUCAGAACAGUUAUCAUCGCAGGCUCAUUACGAUUAUGGUAUGAGAGCUGUCAAGUCUGUAUUGACCGCUGCUGGGAACCUCAAGCUGAAAUACCCUGAUGAGAAUGAAGACAUAUUGAUGCUGCGAUCCAUUAACGAUGUUAACUUACCCAAGUUCUUGGCACAUGAUUUGCCGUUGUUUGAGGGUAUCACGUCAGAUCUGUUCCCUGGUGUCAAACUACCUAAGCCUGACUAUACCAUCUUGACAGCAGCCAUCGAGGAGAACUGUAAAGCCAUGAACCUUCAAAUGACUGAACAGUUCCUUACCAAGAUCUUACAGGUCUACGAGAUGAUGAUCGUACGUCAUGGUUUUAUGAUCGUUGGAGAGCCAUUUGGUGGCAAGACAUGUGGCUACCGAGUUCUGGCACGAGCUCUGAGUGAUGUCGCAGAAAAGGGUUUGAUGGAGGAAAACAAAGUACAGAUCGUAGUAAUCAACCCCAAGUCCAUAACCAUGGGUCAGUUGUAUGGACAGUUUGAUCCAGUAUCUCACGAGUGGUCUGAUGGUGUAUUAGCCGUCAAUUACAGAGCAUUCGCUUCAUCUACAACACCAGACCGUAAGUGGCUGAUCUUUGACGGACCAGUCGACGCGGUCUGGAUCGAGAACAUGAACACCGUGCUGGACGACAACAAAAAGCUUUGCUUGAACAGCGGAGAAAUCAUCCAGCUGGCAAACACCACCAACUUAAUCUUCGAGCCCAUGGAUUUAGAAGUAGCCUCUCCAGCCACUGUAAGUCGUUGUGGUAUGAUUUACAUGGAACCACAUAUGUUAGGAUGGAAGCCGGUGUUAACAUCAUGGCUCAACACUCUACCAAAGACUCUAAACGAAGAAAAUAAAGAACUGAUCAAAGACCUGUUUGAUAGAAUGGAAGAAGCGUUGCUGCAGUUCGUUCGCAAAGGAGGCUUUAAGGAAUUUUCACCAACCAAUGAUACAAACCUUGUCUACUCUCACAUGAUGCUAAUGGACACAUUGAUGGACGAGUUUCACGAUGAGCAAAGAUUCAAGGAGCUCAAUGAACGAGAAGUUGCUGCAUGGCUAGAAUGCAUCUUCCUGUUCUCAUGUGCUUGGUCUCUUGGAGCGACCAUUGAUUCAUCUGGGCGAAAAGCCUUCGAUAAAGUUUUACGUGAAAUUAUAGAGGGUGCUCUUUCGUUGGAAACCAAGAGUAAAUAUCACAUUCUAGAGAUCGUUGAUCCACCUCCACGACCAUUCUUAUGUCCAUUCCCAAGCAAAGGAACCGUCUAUGACUACAAGUUUGUCAAAGAAGGUAUGGGCAAGUGGGAGUUAUGGACAGAAGAAAUCAAAGACGCCCCUCCAAUUCCAAAGGAAAUGGCGUUCAAUGAAAUCAUCAUCCCUACAGUUGACACGGUUCGUUAUACUUACCUUAUGGAACAGUUAGUUACCCACGAGAAACCAUGUCUGUUUAUUGGACCUACUGGUACUGGAAAAUCAGUCUACAUCACGAAUUUCUUGCUGAGGAAGUUGCCUGACAAAUACAAGCCACUUUUGAUUAACUUCUCGGCUCAAACCACAGCCAAGCAAACCCAGGAUAUUAUCAUGUCUAAACUUGACAAAAGAAGAAAAGGGGUUUAUGGAUCUCCAUUGGGCAAAAAGACUGUUGUAUUUGUAGAUGAUCUUAACAUGCCUGCUCGUGAGGUGUAUGGUGCUCAGCCUCCUAUCGAGCUCCUCAGACAGUGGCUGGAUCACUGGCAAUGGUAUGAUCUCAAAGACACCUCGCCCAUUCAUCUGGUAGAUAUCCAGAUCAUGGCGGCUAUGGGUCCUCCCGGCGGUGGCCGUAACCCUGUCACACCACGGUUCUUACGACACUUCAAUAACAUCAGUAUCACCAAGUUUGAUGAUAAAACAAUGGUUAAGAUCUUCGGUAGGAUCAUGAAUUGGCAUCUCGAUACAAGAGGAUUCUCUAAAGACUUUGGUCCUGUUGGUGAUAUGUUAAUUAACGCCACCCUCGAGAUAUACGGAAAUGCUAUGGACAAUUUACUCCCAACGCCAGCCAAGUCCCAUUACUUGUUUAACCUCAGGGAUUUUGCAAGAGUCAUUCAAGGAACUCUGCUAUCUUCGCCAGAAAGUAUGGUCGAUCAUAACCAACUCAAGAGACUGUGGACUCACGAGGUAUUCCGUGUGUUCUACGACCGUUUAGUUGAUGACGAUGAUCGACAAUGGUUAUACGGCAGAGUGCGUGACUUGUCUAAGAGCCACCUCGGUAUAGAAUUCGACACCCUUUUCGAAAAACUCGACUCAAAUGGUGAUGGCAAGGUUGAAGAAGAUGAUAUGCGCAGCUUGAUGUUCUGUGACUUCAUUGAUCCUAAAGCUGACCCGCGACAAUACGCAGAAGUGGAGGAUCUUAUUAAACUGCGUGGUGUGGUGGAGACAUACUUGGAGGAGUUUAACCUGAUGAGCAAAAAGCCAAUGAACUUGGUUCUUUUCAGGUUUGCCAUUGAACAUGUGUCACGAAUCUCUCGAGUCAUCAAGCAGCCACGUGGUCACUGUCUGUUAGUCGGUGUUGGAGGAAGUGGAAGGCAGAGUUUAACAAGACUCGCUGCUCAUAUGUCUGACUACGAUCUCUGUCAGGUUGAGAUCGGUAAAGGCUAUACAUCAACUGAGUGGCGAGAAGAUCUGAAGGCAAUCUUACGAAAAACUGCUGAAGGAGAGGUCAGCGGUGUAUUCUUGUUUACCGACAGCCAGAUUAAAGAAGAAUCGUUCUUAGAGGACGUCAAUAACCUACUGAAUGCUGGUGAAGUGCCAAACCUGUUUGCACUUGAUGAGAAACAAGAAAUUUGUGAAAAGAUGCGACAGUGGGACAGACAACGUGACAAGUCCAAGCAGACAGAUGGUUCACCUGUGGCUCUCUUCAACUACUUCAUUGAUCGUGUCAGAGAUCAGUUACAUAUCGUACUGGCUAUGAGCCCCAUUGGUGAUGCAUUCAGAAACAGACUCAGGAAAUUCCCUUCUCUUGUUAACUGCUGCACCAUCGACUGGUUCCAGUCCUGGCCAGCAGAUGCCCUUCAAGUUGUGGCRCAGCGCUUUCUUGAAGAUGUGGAGAUUUCACCAGACAAUAAAAAAGGCUGUGUUGAGAUGUGUCAAAAAUUCCACACUGGAACUAGAGAACUGUCAGUCAAGUAUCUGAACGAGUUGAAACGUCAUAAUUACGUCACACCGACGUCAUACCUCGAACUUAUCAGCACAUUCAAGACCUUGCUGAAUAAGAAACAAAUCGAGGUGGUCAAAGCCAAGCGUAGAUACGAAGUGGGUCUCGAAAAACUUGAUUCCGCUCAAUCUCAGGUUUCAGGUAUGCAAGCCGAGCUGGAAGCCCUACAGCCACAGCUGAUUCAAGCGGGUAAAGAGGUAGACGAUAUCAUGGUCAUCAUCGAGAGAGACUCUAUUGAGGUGGCCAAGACUGAAAAGAUCGUCAAAGCAGACGAGGCUGUGGCAAACGAACAAGCAAUGGCUGCUAAAGCAAUCAAAGAUGAUUGUGAUCGAGAUCUUGGAGAAGCCAUCCCUAUCCUGGAGAGUGCGUUAGCUGCAUUGAAUACACUCACACCCGCUGAUAUCACUGUGGUUAAGUCCAUGAAGAGUCCUCCAUCUGGUGUCAAACUUGUCAUGGAAGCUAUUUGUAUCUUGAAAGGCCUUAAACCAGAUAGGAUUCCAGAUCCAUCAGGAUCAGGAAAGAAAAUUGAGGACUUCUGGGGUCCCUCGAAACGUGUUCUUGGAGACAUGAAAUUCCUGCAGUCAUUACAGACCUAUGAUAAGGACAAUAUUCCAGCUGCUUCCAUCAAACAAAUCCGCACCAAGUACACAUCUAACCCAGAGUUUGACCCCGAUAAGAUUAAAACAGCGUCUACUGCAGCAGAAGGCUUGUGUCGAUGGGUCAUCGCUAUGGACUCCUAUGAAAGAGUGGCUCGCGUCGUUGCUCCGAAAAAAAUCGCUCUCAAAGAAGCUGAAUCAGAUUUAGCAGUAGCCAUGGAGGGUUUGAACAAAAAACGUGCUGCGCUGAAAGAGGUACAAGACAAACUUGCGAGACUACAAGAGAAGUACGAAGCUAACGUCAAGAAGAAGGCUGACUUGGAAAAGCAGGUCGACCUUUGUACCAAAAAGCUUGACAGAGCCGAGAAGCUUAUUGGUGGUCUUGGAGGUGAAAAAACAAGAUGGACAGAAGUAGCUAACGCUCUUGGCAUUCGCUUCAAAAACUUAAUUGGUGAUGUUCUAGUAUCUUCUGGAGUAGUGGCUUACCUCGGCGCGUUCACAGCAGCUUUUAGACAGGAACAAUCAGUUCGGUGGCUCAAUCAGUGCAAAGAGAUUAACAUUCCUUGUUCAGAGGACUUCUCCGUCACUAACACACUAGGAGAAGCAGUCCAGAUCCGAGACUGGAACAUYUGUGGUCUACCAACAGAUAGUUUCUCUAUAGAAAAUGGAAUCAUCAUAAGUAAUGCUAAUCGAUGGCCACUGAUGAUCGAUCCACAAGGACAGGCAAACAAAUGGGUCAAAAACAUGGAGAAGAAAAAUAACCUUCACGUUAUUAAACUAACAGAUGCUGACUAUGUCAGAACCUUGGAAAACUGCAUCCAGUUUGGCACUCCGGUUCUGCUCGAGAAUGUAGGUGAGGAGUUGGAUCCCUUGUUGGAGCCCCUGUUGCUCAAACAGACCUUUAAACAAGGAGGCAGUAUCUGUAUCAAAGUGGGUGACAGUGUCAUCGAGUAUUCUAAGGACUUCAGGUUUUAUAUCACGACCAAGCUAAGGAAUCCUCAUUACCUUCCUGAGACCGCGGUCAAGGUUACACUACUCAACUUCAUGAUCACACCGGAAGGAUUACAAGAUCAGUUGCUAGGUAUCGUGGUGGCUCGUGAACGACCAGAACUAGAGGAAGAAAAGAAUGCACUUAUCAUCCAGAGUGCUGAGAAUAAAAGACAACUGAAGGAGAUCGAGGAUAAAAUCCUCGAGGUUCUAUCGUCUUCUGAAGGGAACAUCCUUGAAGACGAAACAGCUAUCAACGUCUUGUCAUCCUCCAAAGUACUGGCCAAUGAGAUCUCAGAGAAACAGGCAAUCGCAGAGGAAACAGAAAUCAAGAUCGAUAAAACCCGUAUGGGCUAUAAACCCAUUGCUGUUCAUUCAUCUAUCCUGUUCUUCUCCAUCGCUGACCUGGCGAACAUCGAACCUAUGUACCAGUACUCGCUGACGUGGUUCAUCAACCUGUUUAUCUUGUCUAUUGAUAACUCUGAAAAAUCUGAAGAUUUAGACACCAGGUUAGGUAACCUAAGGAACCAUUUUACCUACUCUCUCUACUGCAACGUAUGCAGAUCUCUGUUCGAGAAAGACAAGCUUCUGUUUUCAUUUGUUCUUUGUGUGAACAUCCUCAUGCAUGACCACGAUGUGUGCAGCGAUGAAUGGAGGUUUCUUCUUACAGGAGGCGUAGGUCUUGACAAUCCACAUGCUAACCCUGCAACCUGGCUGCCUGCCAGAUCAUGGGAUGAAAUUUGUAGGCUGGAAGAUUUGAAAAAGUUUAAGGGAUUCCGUCAAAAGUUCCCAAGAAACAUUGAUGGAUGGAAGAAGAUCUACGACAGCAAUGAACCACAUCUAGAGCCUCUACCAGGAGAAUGGGAGGAGAAAUUCGGCCCAUUCCAGAAAAUGCUGAUACUCCGUUGUUUACGAUCAGACAAGAUUACUCCCAGUGUACAAGAUUUCGUCACUUUAAAACUUGGCAAGAAGUACGUAGAGCCACCACCAUUCGAUCUUGGUAAAGCAUUUGCCGACUCCAACUCCUGUGCUCCCCUUAUCUUCGUGCUGUCUCCAGGAUCAGAUCCAACUGCCGCACUUCUCAAGUUUGCAGAUGAUCAGGGUUUUGGAGGACCUAAGCUGAGUUCUCUUUCACUCGGACAAGGUCAAGGUCCCAUUGCUUUGCGUAUGAUUGAGAAAGCCGUUAAGGAAGGUACUUGGGUAGUACUACAGAACUGUCAUCUUGCCACCUCUUGGAUGAGUACAUUGGAAAAGAUUUGUGAGGAACUGAAUCCCGACACGACACAUCCUGAUUUCCGUCUCUGGUUGACAAGCUAUCCAUCGCCGAACUUUCCUGUGACGGUUCUUCAGAAUGGUGUUAAAAUGACCAAUGAGCCACCUAAAGGAAUAAGAGCUAACCUAACCAGGUCAUAUCUUAGUGAUCCUAUAUCAGAUCCUGAAUUCUUUACAAGCUGUAAAAAAUCGUUUGAGUUUAAGAAGUUGCUGCUUGGAUUGUGCUUCUUCCACGCCUUGGUCCAAGAGCGUCGUAAAUUCGGUCCCCUUGGUUGGAACAUCCCUUACGAGUUCAACGAAACUGAUUUACGUAUCAGUGUACAGCAGUUACACAUGUUCAUGAACAAAUAUGAUGAAGUUCAGUACGAUGCUUUGAGGUACUUGACCGGUGAGUGUAACUACGGUGGCCGAGUCACAGAUGAUCGUGACAGACGCACCCUUCUCACCAUCCUAAAUCGUUUCUACCAUUCUACCGUCAUCACCGAACCGGACCACAAAUUCUCACCCAGUGGUAAUUACUGCUCCGCGCCUGACGGCGAUUACGAGUCUUAUCUCGAGUAUGCAAAGAAACUGCCAAUCAACGAUCAUCCAGAGAUCUUCGGUAUGCAUGCGAAUGCAGACAUCACUAAAGACCAACAAGAAACGACGUCCCUUUUCAACAGCAUUCUUUUGACAUUGUCUCGUGCUUCGUCUGGUGGCGGAAAAUSCGACGACGAAACUGUAGCUGGAGUCGCUGAGGACAUUUUGAGCAAGAUGCCACGCGUAUUUGAUACAGAAGCAGCGCUGCGCAAAUAUCCGACAACCUACACGCAGAGUAUGAACACUGUACUUGUCCAGGAGAUGGUUAGGUUUAAUAGGCUGGUAGAAGUGGUGCGGUCAAGCCUGGUCAAUAUACAAAAAGCUAUCAAGGGUUUGGUUGUGAUGUCUUCAGAACUUGAAGAAGUAUUCAGCAGCAUGUUGAAAGGCAAGAUUCCAUCUCUGUGGAUGAAGAAGUCGUACCCAUCCUUAAAACCCUUGGGAAGCUACGUGAAUGAUCUGAUUGCUAGACUCAAGUUCCUUCAAGAUUGGUACGAUAACGGAGCCCCUACUGUCUUCUGGCUGUCUGGAUUCUUUUUCACCCAAGCCUUCCUGACAGGUUCAAAGCAGAAUUUUGCCCGUAAAUACACCAUCCCCAUUGACCUCUUGACUUUUGACUACUUUGUCCUUGAGGACAAAAAGUACGACACACCCCCAGAARAUGGUGUCUAUGUUGAYGGUCUCUUCAUAGAAGGUGCUCGAUGGGACAGAGAAACGAAAGCAGUGGGGGAAUCCCGUCCAAAGAUUCUCUUCGACACCUUGCCCGUCAUGUGGCUGGUACCGUGUAAAAAAGAAGACAUCAAAGAUCGCCCACACUAUGUCGCACCUAUGUACAAGACAAGCGAGAGAAGAGGYACCUUGUCUACUACUGGUCACUCGACCAACUUUGUCAUGGAAGUACGACUUCCAUCAGACCAGCCAAAAGAGCACUGGAUCAUGCGAGGCGUGGCUUUGCUGUGCCAACUUGACGAUUAAAACCAAGUUCAAAUCGGUGUAAACUUUAAAGUGCUUAAAUUGGAUUUAAAGAUUUUUGUUUUUGUAAAAUAUCCAAAUUUGAAAUACAAAUCAAUCAGAAGUCUUCACUAUAUUCUUCUGCAAACUGGAGUCAACAUUUUUUUUUUUUUUUUUUUUAAACGUCUCCAACGUUGGAACAUUAAAAGGUGUUUGUUUGUGGUGUACUUAUGGUAUAGUAAAGAGAGUGCGUGUCAUUUGUGUGUUCUGUAUUUCGCAAUUAGUGUGAAAAUGACUUCUAAGAUUACCUAUAGGUGAUGCAAUUCAAUGAUAAUUUAUCUUUUUAUGUACUGUUCAUCCUAAACUGAAAGCUUCUUUCGUUACUCGAUCAAAAUAUGUAUAUAAUAUGUAUUGUAYUCAGGACCGCUAGCGAUAGCCCUGCGGUAUAAUCAGGAAUUCGUUCACCUUACCACGAACCAUUGUGUUGGMGCACUUUGUAAAUAGUCUUCUCUGUACUGGUUCAAAUAUCGGAGAGUGAAUAAACGACUUUGUUUUAAUAAAAAUUGGUUUUUUUGUCCA